AUGGAUCAGGACGAGGCGUUGAUGGCCGUGGACAAUAUUGUCACUCAGUUCAACACUUACGAAGAUUUCCUCGACUCGCAGAUCACAACCGUGGACUUGUACUACCUGGAGGAUGAAAGCCUGGCCCGCCAGCUGGUGGAGCUUGGCUACCGAGGGACUGGAGAGAUAAUAAAAAGGGCAGAUUUUGAAGCAAGGAAGGCAGCUAUAGAGAUUGCAAGGCUGGCUGAAAGAACUCAGAAAAAAGCACUAACAAGUGCUGGAAAAGACCUGAAAGAUAAUUUUUUGAAGGCCCUGGCAGUGAGAGAAGAAGACAAUCGCAAUGGGAAAGUGAGUUUAAAUCAACAGAAGCUCGAUGCUGCUCAUACCUUGAAGAAGCAACUGGCAUCUGUGAUCUUCAUUCGUGAUAAAAAUUCUCAUGGACAAGAAGUGUCAGGAUAUAUUGACUACGCCCACAGACUCAAGACUCAAGAUUUUGAAGUCUACUUUAAUGGGAAAAGAAGACUUCUUCCAAGGCCCACAGAUCUGAGUUUUUACAACUGGGACAGUCACACUGCUGUUUGUAACUCCACUCCCAAUUAUCAAGUGAUUGCUGACAAUCCAGAAGGCUUACUUUUCAAAUAUAAAAGAGACAGAAAAAUUCUCAACGUGGACCCAAAGGCUCAACCAGGUGACAACUCCACUAGAAUCCCCAUCCAGACAGAUCUCUACAUACAAGCGAUCAUUUUCGACCACAUUUCCAGAAGGAAGACUUAA